AUGAGUCUAUUAAAGAUCCCCUUCGUCAUAGCUCCGGCUAUUGGCGUUCAUAUUUCGUUCAGUUCUUCUUCUCCACCGCCUUCACCCGAAGAGAAGAAGGUGGAGCCCCCCAUGCUCGAAAUCAUCAUCAUACGGUUUCAGAGUCUUUGGGGUAAUAAUACAAAGAAGAUCUGCACAUGGGCAGCAUCGUCUGCUGAAGUUGCCAACAUCCUUGCCAUGCAUAUAGAUCCCUCGCAGAUUCCAGAGGGCAUCUAUGGCACCAGAGCUCUGCAGUUUUUGCGCGCUGUUCGCCCCACGCCAAUCACUCCCGCUUUCCUUGCCGGCAGUCUUGCUGUCACGAUUGGCGGCGUGCUCAGGCUUUAUUGUGUGUCGACCUUGGGGAAAUAUUGGAGCUGGCCACUCAGUAUCAGACGAGAUCACAGACUUGUGACGAGCGGGCCAUAUUCUCUCGUUCGGCACCCUAGCUAUACCGGUUUCCUUCUCCAAUAUAUUGGGCUCAUUGUCAUGUAUGGAGAGAAAGGAUCGUGGUUGAGGCGGUCUGGGAUUUUACAAGUACCUUUAGUAAAGGUGCUAGUAGCAUUCGGCUUCAUCGGGUUUACAGUAUGUGCUUGGAUGGCUAUCAGCCGACCCCCAGUGGAGGACAAGAUGCUCCAGCGUGCACUGGGAAAAGACUGGGAUAAUUGGGCGAAGAGGGUGAAGUACCGAUUGCUCCCUGGGGUUUAUUGA